AUGGGUCUGAAAGCAGCUGAGAUAGGUUUCAGCAUCUUGGUGUUGUUCCAAUACAGCUAUGCUUACAAGCUCGUCUGCUACUAUACCAGUUGGUCCCAGUACCGGGAUGGAGAUGCCAAAUGUUUACCAGAUAAUAUUGAUGCCAACCUGUGUACCCAUGUCAUCUAUAGCUUUGCCAACAUAAGCAAUAAUGAGAUUGAUAUCUGGGAAUGGAAUGAUGUGACACUCUAUGAAACUUUGAAUGAGCUCAAACAAAGGAACACCAAACUGAAGACACUCUUGUCUGUGGGUGGUUGGAAAAUGGGCACCAAGAGGUUCUCUGACAUGGCAUCCCAAAGUGAGAGCCGACAGACUUUCAUCAACUCAGUCACAGAAUUCCUGAGAACACACGACUUUGAUGGACUGGACCUAGCCUGGCUCUACCCAGGACGGAGAGACAGAGAAAAUUAUUCCUUAUUGCUUCAGGAAAUGGCUGAUGAAUUCUCCAAAGAAGCCCAGAGGACCGGGAAGGAGAGACUUCUGCUCAGCGCAGCACUGCCUGCCGGGAGAGUGGUAAUAGAUGCAGGUUAUAACAUCCCCCAAAUCUCCGAGUACUUAGACUUUAUCAACUUCAUGACUUAUAACUUCAUUGGACCCUGGCAAAAGACCACUGGACACCAUAGCCCCCUCUACAAGGGAAGGAAGGAUAAUAACUACAGCAAUGUUAGAUAUGCUGUGAAUUAUAUGCUAUUGAAGAAGGUCCCAGCCAACAAACUGGUCAUGGGUAUCCCAACCUUUGGGAAUAGUUUCACAUUAGCCUCCUCAGACACUGAAGUUGGAGCAGCAAUCCUGGGUCCUGGAACUGCAGGACUUUACACCAAGGAGCCAGGGACCCUGGCCUAUUAUGAAGUCUGUGAAUUCCUCCCUGGGGCCACUGUCAAGAGGAUUGUGGAACAAAGGGUCCCCUAUGCCACAAAAGGCAACCAAUGGGUGGGGUAUGAGGAUCAGGAAAGUGUCAGAACCAAGGUACAGUUCUUGAAGUCCAGGCAGCUGGCAGGAGCCAUGGUGUGGGCCCUUGACUUGGAUGACUUCCAGGGUACUUUCUGCAAUCAGAAACCCUACCCCCUGACAGGGGCCAUCAAAGAAGCCCUCUUUUCUACUUAG